AUGAACCUGAACCAGAUGAAGUUGAUGAUGAAGUUCAGCCUCAAUUUGAAUUCAAUGUCCCCGGAGAAGAAGGGGUUCCUGAACCUGAACCAGAUGAAGUUGAUGAUGAAGUUCAGCCUGAAGAUGCACCGAAUAACCAAGAAGAAGAAGGGGCUGAUCCCAAUGGGAGAUGAUGAUAAUGUGGAGCAGGAAAUGGGAGAAGAAGAAGAUGGGCAGGAGGAAAAUCAAGAAAACGAAGUAAUUGAACGGCCGGAAGAAAGUCAAGAACCAGUUGAAGGGGAAAAUUCCGAUGAUGGGCCCAAAGAAACAGAGGAUUUUGAGCGUCAAUUUGAUCGGAAUCCAGGGAAGAGGCCAAUGAGAGAAAAAGAAGAAGGACUUAAUCGUUCUGGUCAACACGGGUCGAAGGAUCGAAAGCAUCAUGUUGAUCAAUCUGGAAUGGUGAUCAGAACGGCGCCUAAUGGUGAUGGGGAUGAUGAUGGCCACGAUCAAGGAACAGUGGGAGUUCAUCAUUCCGAUCCUGAUCAUCAAUCCGCGUUCUUGAUUAUCUAUACACCAGAGGUGGUGUAA